AUGAUAUUCUUAGGAGCAUGUAAUCCACAACGAUGGACAAAAACCAAAAGUAUUCUUCAUGAUAAUAUCGGAAUCAAAAAAGAUCCUUAUGAUAUUCAACGGUUGAAUGCUCGUUUAGGUAGAGAGUCUUUAAUAUAUCAUGUAGUUCCAAUUCCUGAAACAAUGCUUGAGUAUAUUUGGGAUUAUGGAUUUCUGGAUGGAGAAACAGAAAUUGCCUAUAUUCGAACAAUGCUAAAUAAAUGUAAUAAAAUCUCAGGUGACAUGCCAUGGUUAGAUUAUACAGUAUCAUUAGUUUCAAUAUCGCAGCAAUUCUUUCGUAUGAAUGAAGAUAAGAGUAGCGUAUCUUUACGUGAUGUUGCACGCUUCUGUCGAUUUUAUAAUUGGCUUCUAAAUUUAUCUCCUGAAUUCAUCUUUGAACAUUCUAGGAUUAUGAAUCAAGAAUUUAUUCAACAAACAACUCUCGUUGCACUUCUUCUUACAUAUUAUCUCCGUCUUAGUUCCUCUGAAUUACGAGAAUCUUAUUUAAAUAAUAUUUCAGUAGUGCUUAGCAACGAAUAUCAAGACAAAAGCAACAUAUCAAAGUAUUUAAUUCGAUUAUUACGAAAUCAACAAAUGAAAUUGAUUGACAAGAUCAAAUUACCACCGGGUACGGCCAAAAAUCGAGUACUUAUUGAUAAUAUCUUUGUUAUUUUUGCAUGCGUUUUGAAUCGAAUACCAGUUAUUCUAUGUGGUAAACCUGGCUCAAGCAAAACAUUAGCUGUUAAUAUUGUACUAAAUAAUUUAAAAGGGAACCGAUCUAAUCAAAAAUUGUUUCAAACAUUACCUGAAUUAAUUCCUAUUCCAUAUCAAGGUUCACAAAAUUGUACUUCAGAAAAUGUUAUGAAAUUAUUUGAAUGUGCCGAAAAAUAUUUAGAUGUAGAAAGAAAUACUAAUAUUUUACCUGUGAUUGUCUUUGAUGAAAUUGGUCUUGCUGAAUUAUCUUCACAUAAUCCAUUAAAAGUACUUCACAGUAAAUUAGAAAUGGAAACAUGUAGAUAUGGUUUUAUUGGUAUAUCGAAUUGGUCUCUUGAUGCAGCAAAAAUGAAUCGUGCAUUAUAUUUACCUUGUGCUGAUCCAACUGUACAUGAUUUACGAUUAACAGCAGAAACUAUAGCAUCUUCAUUACUUGAAACUUCUAAUCAUCUUAUUCCAAUCGAUACUUCAAUUGUUAGAAAUCUUGCUGCUGCCUAUUUUGAUUUAUACGAAUAUAUGAAUGAACAAUCUAAAUAUAAAAACUAUUUUGGUCUACGUGACUUUUAUUCUUUGAUUAAAGGAGUUGUAAAUGAUUUAAUACAUGCAUCAACAGAACAAGAAUCGUAUACUAGUGUUCGACGACAAUUAGGAAUUAAUUUUGAUGGAAUUUUUGAUGGCUCACAAUUUUUAUGGAAACGUUUUUGUAAAUAUGCUUGUCAAGAGUGUUUAAUCGAACAAGAACAACCACCAACAUUUAAUCAAAUGAUCGAUCGAUCUCUCUCAUUACAUAAUGGUCGAUAUUUAAUGUUAAUCGGAGCAAAUGAAAGCAUGUUUGAUUAUGUCGAACGAUAUAUCAAUGCUAAACAACAAUCAACACGAACAUUAAUUGGUAGUUCUCUAACAGAUGAUUUAAUUACAGGUACAACCUAUAGUGAACAAUAUAAUCGAAGAGUAUUAAUGGAUAUAAUUCUUUAUGCUGAAACAAAUGUAACUUUGAUAAUACGCCGAAUGGAUCAUAUAUAUGCAAAUCUUUAUGAUUUAUUUAAUCAAAAUUUUGAUGUAUCAGGAACUAAAAAAUAUUGUCGUAUUACACUCGGUGAUCUCUAUCAUCCACGUUUUCUUAUUCAUCAUGAUUUCUUUUGUGUAAUAUUUGUUCGACAACAAGAUUUAGUAAGAUGUGAUCCACCUUUUCUCAAUCGUUUCGAAAAACAUAUCAUUGAUAUUGAAAGUCUUAUUCAUUCAUGUCAUUUAAUAAUUGCAUCCAAUCUCUUAGAAUGGAUUGAUAAAUUAUUAUCAUACAAUACAAAUAAAAAUUUUCCACAAAAGAAACAUCUUUUUGUUGAUUUUAAUCCAGAUUAUAUUCAUAAUUUAGUCAUGGAUGCAUUUGAUUAUUUAAAAAUUUCGGAAGAUGAUAACGACAAUCAAAGAGACGCAGUCAUCCGAUAUUGUAAACAGAAACUAAUUUGUACAAGUUCGUUUGAUCUUCCUCUUCAUUUAUCAUGUAAAAUUAAUGAUGAUGACAAUAUUCAAAAAUUAAUAGAAGAAUAUUAUAAUAUACAUAAUCAUGUUUUGUUUUCAAAUUUAAUUGAUCAAACAUUAAAUCAAUCGAUAAUUUCAAAUCAAAUCAUUUAUACCUAUACACAAAUAUAUGAAAAAAUUGAAUAUAUAAACAAUAAUGAUCUUGUUGUUGAAGUUAAAGUAGGUAAUUUUAAGAGUGAAUUUGAACUAAGAAGAAAAAUUAAGGAACAUUAUCGAUCAAGUAAUGCACGUCUAUUACUUAUUCGUGUUGAUUAUCAUGAAGAACAUAAACACGUUCUAUUUCUCAAACAUCUCGUUGUAAAUGAGAGAAUACCAACAAGUGAUCAUGGAAUAUGGCUAGUAUUUCAUUUACAACGUAAUAUCAUGCACGAAAUUAAAGAUGAUAUUUUGUUUAAUGGAUGGUCGCCGGUCAUGAUUGAUAAUCUUAAUAAACACAAACUUAUAUCAUGGGAUGUUUUAACUAAUCCUUCAUAUCGUAAUCUUUUACUUCAUGCAGAUUUUUCUCUAUCAAAUACUACUUUCAAUGAACUUAUUAUUCGAUCUUUUAUAAGAGUUCGAUAUACAGUUGCAUGCAAAGAUAAAGAAAGUUUAAUCAAUAAUCGACGUGAUUCUAUAAUCAAAUUAUUGUCUCAAUCAAAUAUCGAUAUAGAAUCUCUUCAUAUGAUUAUUAAAAAUCGUCUCUUAGAAUUAAUACGAACAGUUGAUUUUAAUCAUAGUCGUUCUGAAUUUAUUGAUUGGCGCCAUGACCUACUCACCAAUGGAACAAUUAUUGGUUCAUGUCGUUCAAUUGAUGAUGCUUUGAGAAUGACAAUAUUACUCUAUAAUUGUAAUUAUUUCUUAAUGCUUUUGGUUGAUCUUGAAAAAUCUUCACUGAUAGAUUCAUAUAUAUUUCUUAUAUCUAAAACGAAUGAAAUUAUAUACGAAAAUUUAAAAUGUAUUUGGUUUGAUUGUUUGAAAUUAACAUUUGAAUCUAUGGAACAAACAAUAACAUGUAUGAAUACAAUUGAAAUCUCACUCAUUUUUGAUCUUCGUCUACCUUGUGCAAGAUUCGAACGUGAGAUUAUUCGUCAAAUACAUGAGAUGAUAAAAAAACCGAACGAAAAUAUUGAUAUUAAUCUUUCUGAUGACAAGUUGUUAGAUUUCGCAAUGGAAAAACUACGAAGUACAAGUGUCUAUGGAAAGAAUAUUGAAAAUAUACUUGAUAAUUUAGAAUUAUUUGAACACUAUUAUCACGAUCAACUUGCAAUUGUAUUAGAUGAAUUACGAAUUGAUCAUUUAACUGUUUCGUUUACACAACGUUUGUUAACAUCAAAUCCAACAUUAACUGUCGAAGAUAAACUUAAGCAUCUUCUUCUUUAUCAUGACGAAUUAAUUGAAUUAUUACAUUUAUUCGAGAUCGGUAUAGAACUUAUUGGUGAAGAAAAAUGGAAUUUCGAUGAACAAUUUUACACCUAUGACGCGACACAAAUGACAACGAUCAAUAAUUCGAGUAAUCUUUAUAUUCUUGUUCAGGUAGAACAACAAUUUUAUCAAGUUCCACCACAACAAUUAUUAAAUAAUAAACCUUAUGAAUGUGAUGGUGAUCCAUUUAUUGAAACAAGUUUAAUGAACUUAAUAGAAUUACUCAUUUCUUCAUCAACUAUUCGAUAUAUCGAUAAUAUUGCACAGUUGUCAACAGCAUACAGUCUUGUUGUACAAGGUGUACUUUCUUUAAAUCAUCACUCAAUCAAUAAUCUAGAAAAAUUGCGUUGUUUCGAUAGUCUUGUUCGUUGUAUUAUGGAUCUACUUCCUAGUGAUCGGGCCUUAAUUGUGUUUAAAAAUAUUUGUCUUACUAAUCAGAAUAAUAAUACUGUUUUCAAUGGCAACUUUUCGACAUGUGAAACCAUUCGUAUGUUUAUAGAUAAUUUAGGUAAAAUGAUCAAAAUUGAAACUAAAAAUUCAUUGAAUCUAUUGAAUUGUCGACCAAUGCUCAAACUUGAAAUGGAAUUUUUAAAAAAUUGGUUAAUCGAUCAUAGUGAACAGUAUUGUACUGUUCUUGAAUCUAUAAGCAAAUCUGAUAAGAAUUUAUGGUUUUAUGCAGCGAAAAUAUUCAAAUAUAUCGAUCAAAAACUUGAUUUAAUGUCAAUAAUUAAAACUAGAAUGACAGAAAUAUCAUCAAUUUUUGAACUUGAAGGUCUUGAUCAAUAUUUCUCUCAAUCAAAUGAUAAGACACAAAAAAUUGAACGUAUUAUGAUCAAUCGCAUACAUAUUUAUCUUAUGAAUUCUAUUACUGAUGAAGAUGUAAUUGAAAGAUACUUAACCGACUAUUAUGAUUAUUUUCGAGAAAAUAUCUAUAGUGAUAAAUCUACUCAUGGACUUUCAAUGAUUGUUUCAAUUGCUUGGCUCAAAGUCUAUACUGAAAUGUAUGCAUUUUCUUUGAGUAGAGAUAAUCAUAGCAAGAUUAUGGAAGAUAUUGAUAAACUACUUACUAAUGAUGAAUCUAAAUUCGGUUUGACUUUAAAAAUAUAUAUUAUCAAACAAUUAUGUCAAAUGUAUUACAUUGAACUGAGAGAAUUAUAUGACAUUUUUGUCAAUCGUAAUUGUUAUUGGAUUAAAACGAUUUUUUCACAAUAUAAUCACCAACAAGAACGAAAAUUUGAGCAAAACAUUAUUCUUCCAACACCUCUAUUUGAGGCUUCUCUAGAAUACACAGAUAUCAAAAAUACACUUGACAAUUGUAAAGUAGUGAAUAAACUGAAAAACUUAAUUGGCAAAUGUUCAGAGAACGUGUAUUCAUCGUAUUGUUUUAUUAUUUUUUUCGUGCAUCGUUAUGUAAAUUGCUAUAAAAUGAACAUACCAAAUAAUGAUUUAAGACAUCUUUUCGACGAACUACAUACGGAAUUGAAUGCCUGUUUUGAACCUAUUGGUUUUAAACUGUGUCAUUGUUUAUGUGAAAAUUUUCGUGACAAUUCUUAUUUUCAAUUAAAUCGAACAAUGACUGCAGACCAGUUGCAUCGACGUCUUGUUGCACUCAAUAUCGUUGCUGUGUUUCUCUCUUCUAAAGCUUUUAAAACAUCAACUUAUCUCAGCAGUAUUCUCUUUGAUGAGAAACUCAAAAUGCCAAAAAAUUAUGCAGAACACUUGAAGAAUUUUGUAUGUUUACCAGGUCUCAUAUCAAAUGAUCCAGUUGAUAGUGAAGAGUCCAAUGAUAAGUCACGAUUUGGUUAUCCUAGGACAACGCCUGUACAAGAGAGUAAUAUAAAUGAAAAACCCGAUCAUCUCAAUUUAUCUAUCUCAUUUCGUUUUAUUCAUAUGAUGAUUCAUGCUGUCUUACUUUGCUUAUGUGAACUUGAUCUGUUAGAUGAUUCAUGUUUACCUGAUCGUAACUAUUAUCGAGAACAUUUUGAAAACGAUUACGAAUUUCUAUGUCAAUUAUCAACUCAACCUAAUCAAUGUCAUCUGUGGUUCUUUAAAUUGAUUAAUCAUCUAAUCGAUGGUAAUUCCUUACAAGGUGGUUUUCUGAAUAAUAAACGAAAUGUAAUUGAAUUCGAGAAAUGUAUUGAAAAUAAAUUGAUUAUUCCUCAUGUUGAUUCAAUAACCGAAGAAAUUCGAAAAUAUAAAUUAAAAUAUAAAGAAUUUCUACGACAAAAAGAUAAUCAACCAACAUUGAAUGAUUUAAUCGAUGAACUUUUUGAAAAUGAAAAUGAAUAUCCUCUAUUGAACUUUUUCAACAUAACCAAUAUUCAUAUAAGUAAUCCGAUGGAUGCAUUUCGUGCUAAACUUCGAAUAAUACCGAAUGUCGAAAAAGCAUAUCCAAUGACAAUAUUUUUACUUCAACGAUAUGAUGAUUAUACAAAUAUUCAAUAUCUCUAUCCAAUUGUUAUGUUUACAAAUUAUCUAAUCCAAAAAUUGAACUAUCGAAUAACGCGUAAAAAUGCAGCUAAAAAAACAAUCAGUGAAGUAUUAUUCAAUGAUUCAGAUAAAGAUGAAACUUUAAAAUUAUAUGAAAAUUUUAUUCAGGCAUGGUAUAAACUUAACUUUAAAGAAGUUCGUUUAGGUGCUCAGGCUAUAAUGUUUGAACAUACGUAUUCAUCGAAAGAUUUUGCAAAAAGAACAGAGAUUUCUAAAUUAUUAUUGAAUUCAUCAGGAGAUAACAACAGUCUUUUGUUAAUUGCUUGCUUAACAACCAUUGCAGAAUUACAAAAUGAUAUUGUUAAACAUUUUCAUAACAUUAUGAAUUCUAAUUCAAUGAAUAAAAAACUUCAGCCACAUGUUAUAUCAUUACAAGCUAUUCAACAAAAGCAUCUUCUUUGUUUCGAUAAGGAUUUCAUUAGUAGAAAAUUGAUUGAUGAUGGAUCUAUUAUAAACUAUAUUUAUGGAAACGGUAAAGACAUUAUUUAUGAUUAUGAAGAAAUUGAAUUUAUGCUUCGUGACAAGAUCAGUUGUCUACCGUUAAUUGAUACGGAAAGAUUACAUUUUCUAAAUUAUCAAUUUGAACUCUACGACGAAAAUACAUCGUUGAUUACUGAUGUUCGACGACGUAUCGAGCAAGAGCUAUUGGUCAAUAAGAAACGAACUGAAUUGCAAAAUUUAAUUAAAAGCAUUUCAAAUGAUGACAUUCUUCACUAUCUUGGUUCACUUGAUUAUAUCUUUACAUAUUUACGUCAUUUUGAAUAUAAGAAUGCAUCAAUAUUAACAAUUAAAAAUUUUGUCGAACAAUAUAUUCAUUCAAAAAUAUGUCUCAGUGAUAAUUUACUUCGAGAUUCUAUGCUUUCAACAAUUGAACUUAAAUAUAUCAUUGACUUGUACGAAUUAAUUGAAGAGAUUAUAUUCGAAAAAAUUUUACGAAACAAUAUCAAACAAGAUUUACCUGAAACAUUACUAUUUUCAGACGAUAAACAAAAUCAUCUUAUCGGUCAAUUUAUUGAGAUGACAUCAGGAACCAUAACAAUAGCUCCUCGUCUGAAAAAAUUAGAUUGCUGGAUUAAUAUGCUCAAAAGACUUAUUGUACGUGUUUCAAUGAAUACUAAUUUGAGUUUUGAUGUACCCUUACAACAAUAUGUGACUCGUUGUGACAUAUGGACUGUUGAUGUGACUACCGAUGAUAUUAAAUCCUUUAAAAUUAGUGAUGAUAUUUUAUUGCGACAUACAUUUAUCAUUUUGAAAGGAUUAGAAGCAACACAAAAUGAUCCACAAGUCAAAACGCAACAAAAUGAUGUUAAUCGGCAGGCUAAUAUUGAGCGACCAAUAUUAACGACACCGAGAUGGCUCGCUAAUAAUAUAACUAAUAGAAGCUCCCCUGAAGUGAUCGGAGACAAUAAAAAAACUAAUCGAAAGUUGCGCGUUUGA